CUUCGUCUCCAAGCUCAAGAACUGGUCAGCUAAUGCCUUAAGGCACCCGACCGGUGAAGAGCGAUUCCCAUAUCUCUUUCUUUACUACCUGUUUUACGCUCUAAAAUGGAAUUCAUUGUUGAAGAGGGCAAGCACCUUCACGAGGAGUGCUCUACUCUAGUCCUGCCUGCGCUAUCGAUUGGAAACGUGGGGCAGCUGGCAGUAGAUCUUAUAGUAUCGUCAACGAGAGCGGAGAGAAUUGGGUACUUGGACGAUCCUCACGUUCUUCCCUGUGUAGGAAACGACGCGUUCGGGCAGCUUCCUCAGGGCGAGCUCGCUCUUCCUCUAGAAGCGUAUGAUUCGUUGCCUAUUGGGUUGACUCUUCUCCAACAAAGGUCCCCAGUUGUUAAGGGGAUGAUGGUUGAAUUUGCUAAAAACUUGGCUGAUUUUGCUGCUGCUAGUGGGAAGAAGCAUGUCGUUGUGCUGUCUAGCUUAGACUUUGGGAGGUUGCGAAAUAUUGAUAUGUCAAGUGGUUUGCAGACAUACUACUUGUCUAGCACCAAUACUGAUGGAACAGAUGAUUACUGUGAGGGACUUGGGUGGAAAAGACUGCAGGAAUACAACCCUACCCAGAGGGGUUGGAAAUAUCUCAGCAAUUUAGCUGAAAGAAAUGCCACGCAUGAAGAAACUCUGCCUUUUGAAGAUGAACUAGAAGAAGAAGAUUACUAUCCAAGCUUGCCCUUUGCUGCACUUUUUUCUUGUUUUAAGGCCAAAGGUUUGAAGGUCACCUGCUUAUUUUGCUACUGCUCAGAAGGGGACAACAUACCGGAUGCUUUCCAUUUGGCUGAGGCAGCGAGCAAACUUCUGGGGCUAAGUCCCAGUAAUUUCCAUGGCGAUGAAGGUGGUAAAUGGCUCAUUCCAUUUUCGUGGAAGACUGUGUAUGGACCACCCCCAGAUAUAGACAUGUUUUAGGCUGAAUUGCGCUGAUGACCUGAGAUUGGAUUUGCAAGAAUGAGAGGCCAUAGAUCUUGCAAAUCCAGAUCUUUGCCUCACUCCUAGAUUUCGACGAAGACAAGAACAUGAAGAAGAUGAAGAAACUGCGAAGAACGAGCCCUCAGAUUUGUUGCUAAGAGGUAGAGAUCUCCAUUGGUGGGUAGCAGCGCUGCGCUUCUGGCAAGUAUUGGUAUGGAUUUUGACAUGCUCUAAACCGGUGAUUUUCUUUGUGUUAGUGUUAGAGGUUUUGGGAUUUUGAUUAUUUUUGGGUGACCGAUGUUGAAGAUUCUUGGUUUCAUUAUUAAUGGGUGGAUUUUUCCUUUAAAAAAUUUGGAAGUUGAUUUUGUGUGGAUUUU